UAUGCGCAAUUGUUUCGUAUUUGCCAAAUGCAAUAUUUCAAUUAGAAAAGUGAAGUGCGUAAUUACGGUAAUUGAUUAUAUUGGCGAUACUGCAAAUGCAGAGUCUUUGAAUCGAACUGUAAAUAAACAAGAAGGAAAAAAUUGCGAGACCUUCAGACAAAAGAACAAAUACCCACACACACAUACACCUAAUAAGAGCUUGUGUGUAGGCUACAUGCCAGACAUAGGUGCAGUAUUUAUAUUUUAUAUACCCAAUAUCAAUACAAACUGCUAUAAGCAACAGUAGCGCCACAAGCAAGCUAUAUACAUACAUACAUACAUAUGUGCUGAAAACAGCUGUGGAAAGGGACUAGAAAAGUAUCCCAUAAAGUGCGAAAGGUCAGCAGCUGCGGCAGGCGCAGACGACGGCAUUUCUUACUGUGUGUGUAUGUGUUGCGUCUAGCUAUCACUUUCUGACGCGCGCACACGCACCGUCGCAACGGCAGGCGAGUGUGUGGCAAAUUUAAAUCAGCGCUACCUCCUACAGCACCCCACCAACGUACUAUAACACACUACAGACAAGCCAGACAGAGCAGCACAGCGCAAUAAAACUGGACGUGCGUGUAUGUGUGUUGUUGUUAUUGCCGUCUGAAGACUUGCCGGUGCCGGUUGCUGUUUACAUGUGGAAGCUAUUCGUACACAGAAACGCUCACAACGCGCACCGAAGAAUUAAACAUACCAUAUAAGAAAGCAUAUUCAACGGAUAUCAUCAGCCAAAGCUAGUGCUAAGAACUAUAGUACAACUAUAACAAGAACAGCAGUCGCACCAGAAUCGGAUCAGAAGAGAGAGAGCCAGUGUUAUCAAAAUUGCUGAGACAUUUUAAACUCUAAUACGUCUCUGUUAUUGGCAUUGCUGUGGCUGCUCUGCUUGCUACAUCAUCGGAGUUUGUUUUGGGCGUGGCCUAGUGUCCACCUUCCGUGAGAUGUUGCCUUUCACCCCUCAAGUGGUCAAACGUUUGUUAGCACUCAAGAAGGGCAACGAGGACAAUACCAUUGAGGGCAAGUGGUCCGAGAAGGCAGUAAAGAAUCUGGUGAAGAAGAUAAAAAAGAACGCGCAAUUGGAGGAGCUAGAACGUGCCAUCUCCACACAGAAUUGUAACACGCGCUGCGUGACUGUGCCGCGCAGUAAACCGGCGGCCACUGGCGAGAGCCUACGUAAAGGGCUACCGCACGUCAUCUAUUGUCGUCUGUGGCGCUGGCCGGACCUGCAAUCGCAGAAUGAAUUAAAGCCGCUGGAUCACUGCGAGUACGCGUUCCAUUUGCGCAAGGACGAGAUUUGCAUUAAUCCGUACCACUACAAAAAGAUUGAGCUCUCAAUAUUAGUUCCCAAGUCACUGCCAACGCCGCCUGACUCCAUUGCCGAUUACCCGUUGGAUAACCACACACAUCAAAUACCAAGUAAUACCGAGUACAAUGCUGCGAUAAUACGCAGUGCAUCCUUGAGUCCCCCACAAUAUAUGGAAUUAGGUGGCGGCAGCAGCAGCAGCGGCCGCACCAACAGCCACAACAACGCCACAGCAACGGCCACGGCCGGCACCUAUCAACAACAACAACAACAGCAGCAACAACAACAGCAUCUGCAGCAGCAGCAGCACUCACCACUCUCCUUCUCAAUUGGUGGUCAGAGCCUAUCGGGCGCCUGCAACAUGGACUCGCAGUCUAGUGUGCUCAGCGUGGGCAGCAGCAUUCCCAACACGGGCACCCCACCGCCUGGCUACAUGAGCGAAGAUGGUGACCCCAUCGAUCCUAAUGACAACAUGAACAUGUCGCGGCUAACGCCGCCUGCAGAUGCCGCGCCAGUUAUGUACCAUGAGCCCGCAUUUUGGUGCUCCAUCUCGUACUACGAGUUAAACACGCGUGUCGGCGAAACUUUCCACGCCUCCCAACCCUCUAUAACCGUGGAUGGCUUCACUGAUCCGUCCAACUCGGAGCGCUUCUGCCUCGGACUUUUGUCCAACGUCAAUCGAAAUGAGGUGGUCGAGCAGACCCGUCGCCAUAUUGGCAAGGGUGUACGUCUCUAUUAUAUUGGCGGCGAGGUGUUCGCCGAAUGUCUCAGCGACUCGUCCAUAUUCGUGCAGAGCCCGAAUUGUAAUCAGCGCUAUGGCUGGCAUCCGGCCACCGUCUGUAAAAUACCACCCGGCUGCAACCUAAAGAUCUUCAACAACCAAGAGUUUGCCGCGCUUCUGUCGCAGUCCGUUUCGCAGGGAUUCGAGGCGGUCUAUCAGCUCACUCGCAUGUGCACCAUUCGCAUGUCCUUUGUGAAGGGUUGGGGAGCCGAAUAUCGUCGCCAGACUGUCACUUCGACACCUUGCUGGAUUGAGCUUCAUCUGAACGGUCCGCUCCAGUGGCUCGAUCGCGUGCUUACCCAAAUGGGUUCGCCCCGCUUGCCCUGUAGCUCCAUGUCUUAAAGAGUCGCAACGCGUACAGGCGGCCAAGAGACAAACACAGUGAAAAAUAUAUAUAAAAACAAAACAAAAAACGAAGAAAAGAAAACCAACAAACAAUUUUUGUAUUGCAAAACGAAAAAGAAACCCUUUACAAAGCAGAGUAAUUGCAACAAAAGAAGUGAGAGCAACAAAAACAAAAACAAAAACAACCACAAACAAAUUAACAAAACAAAAUUUCAGAGAGCACAUAAAAAUAAGUUCAGGCAAGUUAUAUACAUACAUAAUUGUAGGAGAUGCAGACAGAUACAUAUAUCUAUAU